AUGGGCCCCAAUCAUCCACCGAGACAUCCUACAGAAAACGGGGGAAAUGAAGACGAUGAUGUUCUUGAGUACGAGAAUGAUGGCUGGCGGGUCGGAUUUGAGGUUCAAAUGAAUGGAAUCGGACACGAGCAAGAAGAUGGACGCCCUGGGGAAAAUGAUGAAGGCGAGAGUAGUGGUUGGGAAUCAGACCCGCCGAGCGAAGUUGAGCACGAAGCUGAGCCGGAUGAUGAUGAUGAAAAAUAUACGGGCUAUCAAGUAAUUCCCGAAGAUCCAUCAGGAUUGCCGGAAACAAGUCAACCACAAAAUGGGGAAGAUCAAAUCGAAGAUGAUAGCACAAGAGAUGUCGAUGAAACUCCUGCAACAAGUUCAACCGUUUCACCAAGGAUUCGUGCUGAAUUUGCCAUUUUACGUAGUACGCCUGCUGUUACUGAAAAAUUUUCUAUUGAACACCAGCCCCGUCCAAUCGAAUUAAAUGACGAGAAAAUUGAGAGUAUUCGUUCUACGAUGACCGGUUUCACUCUACCGCCGCCACCCAAAUGGGAAAACUUUUCGGUUAAAGAAGUCGAUUUAACGAAAAUUUUGGAAACAUUGAGAGAAAGU